AUCUUAUCGUCUUUUCAUACUGUUAUCAAGAGGCCACAGAACUAAAGAAAGCAUGGCAUCUCCCACCAUUGACAAGUCAAAGCCAUAUUUUCCUCUCGCUGGUGGCGCUGAUGAUGGCUGGUCUACCGAGGAUGAAGCGACAGCCACAUGCUUUUGUGGUGCGGUGCAACUGUCAUUCCCAACCCAAGGACCUGGCUACCUUGGCUCUUUCGUCUGUAACUGCUCCGACUGCCAUAAGCUUACUGCCUCAGUGCACGCAACCAACUUCACGGUCUAUGACACGCACCUAAAACACCUGCGAGGUCGCGACAACUUGAAGACAUAUAGCCAGUCGCGCACUGUGUUCGUCAAAACUCCUGGCAAGGACAACACCAUGACCAAUUACUUCUGUUCCACAUGCGGCUCGCUUAUGUACCGCGUUGGUGCGGCUUUCCCGGGCAUGAGUAUCUUGCGUGUUGGGAGUGUGGAUGAUUUCUCUUUGUACGAGACGAAGCUAAGACCCACCAUGGAGCAGUUUACGAAAGACCGCGUGGCCUGGAAGGCUCCCACGGAAGGAGCCAAGCAGUUUGUGGAAGAUGGCCUGCAUGUACAGUAGAAGUCGAAGUUGCAAUCAGCUACCAGACCAAGCCCUUUUUUUAAACAUAUUCUGCAUGAGUCUCAUGCCAGCCAUUGUCAACCAUAGGGAGAAAAAAGAUCUAUCAUAAGGC